ACAAUGGCCAGGCUCGUAUGAGGGGAGCUGCCCUGCUCUGUCAGCCCGGUACAGACGCGCCUCAGCAGCCGCAGCAGCAGCGGUUCACCGAGCCGCUGACUCCUGUGGAGGAACACCCGACACGCAUCUGGGACAUUAAAGGUCAAUGUGGCUACUAAAGCAGCUCUCUGGAGUAGCUGUCAGUCGUCGAGGAAUCUUGCAGCCCGUCUCUAUAGAAACCCACUCCUCCUCCUGAGCACUGCUGCCAACUUACCCUCUCUGCCACCUGACCAGUCUCUCCUCACAUCCCUGGCCAAUCGGCGCCUCUGAACUCCGUUGGAAUGGACACCGAGUCGACCCACUCGGGCUACUCCUAUCACUCCAGCCGCUCCGGGAGAUCAAACCGACAUGGGGAUCGAAGCCGUGAGCGGCACAAGGCCAGCAGUAAAGACAGCAUUCGCUCUGAGAGGUCCGUCGUCAUCAACCCCCCUGACAGCCCCUCCCAGGAAUCCCCUGUUCACAAUGGAGAACCUCUGCCGGGAGAACCCUCACCAGGGGCGGAUCCUGGCGAUGACCCCCAGGAUGAUAACUGGGGGGAAACCACCACUGCAGUGACCGGCACCUCCGAGCUGAGUAUUUCCCAGGAGGAAGUGGUCGGUCUGGGGAAAGAAAUUCAGGACCGGACCCAAGGCUUCCGCCGCUAUCUCCCCCUGGCAGUUGGCCUGUGUGUGGGGCUGCUGGUGCUGGCAACACCUCUGGUCUUCCUGCUUCUUCCGGUUGUCAUGUGGCCCGACAGGCUGCAGGCCUGCGGCGCAGCCUGCGAAGGCCUCUUCCUCUCCAUCGCUUUCAAGCUCCUCAUCCUCCUGGUGGCCAUUUGGGCCUUGUUCCUCCGACCGGGCCGUGCCAGCCUGCCCAGAGUGUGUGUGUACCGUGCCUUCCUCACCACGCUUACACUCCUGCUCACCAUGUCUUACUGGCUCUUCUAUGGGGUCCGGAUCCUGGACGCCCAGGAUGAGGACUACCAUGGUAUCGUGCAGUUUGCCGUGUCCCUCGUCGACUCCCAGCUGUUUGUCCACUACCUGGCCGUGGUGCUGCUGGAGCUUCGUCACUUCCAGCCCUGCUACAGCGUGUGUGUCAUGCGUUCCACUGAUGGAGAGACGCGUCACUACAACAUCGGGCAGCUCAGCAUUCAGAGGGCUGCUCUGUCCAUUCUGGAGUAUUACUACAGGGAUUUUCCGAUCCAUAACCCAGCACUUCUCUCUGCCUCAAAGCACCGGGCUGCCAAACACCUGGCCGGGUUGAAGGUCUACAACGUCGACGCCCCGGGAAGCACAGCAGGAGCACAGCCCGGUAAUGGGAAUCAGUCACGGAGCAUGGUUACAGCUGCCGGCAAACGCAAGGACGCCGCCCAUAAUGAGCUUUACUACGAAGAGGCCGACUACGAGAGAAGAGUCCGUAAGCGUAGAGCCAGGCUGGUGGUGGCUGUGGAGGAGGCCUUCACACACGUGCGGCGGAUGAAGAAAGAGGACGAGCGCGCGACUCCGUCUGACAUCAUGGACGUGCGUGAAGCAGCUCUGGCCAUAUUUCCCUCCAUGGCCCGCUCCCUGCAGAAGUACCUCCGCACCACCAGGAGGCAGCACUGCCACAGCAUGGAGAGCAUCCAGAAGCACCUGGCCUUCUGCCUUGUGAAUAACAUGAGCCCAAAGGCUUUCCUUGAAGCAUACCUGGCCCCUGGUCCGACCCUGCAGUACGGCCCCGAGCGCUGGAUGGCCGACCAGUGGACUUUGGUCAGCGAGGCCUCGGUCACCAGCGGCAUAAAGGAGGGGACGGAGUUCCUGCUGAGGUGUCUUGACUUUAGCUUGGCUAUCACCAUCAAAGGCAUCCCUUACAUCCGCAUCACUGAGGAGUACAUCGACCCCAAGUCUCACAAGUUUCUACUGCUGCUCCAAUCAGAAACCUCAGUUUAACAGGCAGAGCAGUGUUGCUCAACUGGACUUACAGGACUGUUACUGAUUGAAUUUUUCAAGGCUUUUUGUACUGUUUUUUGUACUUUUGUUUAUGUAACUUUCUCACAUAGAGUUUGUGUCUUUGAUCCGGGCGACAUAAAAGAGAGAGAACAGGGGGCGGGGACGGGCUUGGCUUUCUCUGUCUUGACAUUUUACAGAACACAGUUCAGGUAUUCCUCUAUGCACGACAGAUGACCCCCACAGACUUCCUUCUUCCUUCAUGUGCACGUGCCAGUGUGUGCCUGCGUGAGAGAGGUGAUUUGGAAGGAGCGUGUGAUUUAGGAUGCAAAAAUGUGUUUGUACACCGGGGACCCGUCUCAACCUGUCUCCUCUUUCUCCCGAGCGAUAUAUAGUGAGAACAUUUGAUAAUGCCCUGAAACACCCUUUUCAAGAAAACAUGCUCUUUGUCAGUCCUAGCAACGAGUAUUUAACUGUCAUGUAUUCCAGAUGUAUGUACAGUAUUUAUAUGUGAAUAUACUUUAUCCCUUUACCUACCUUUACCUGUACUUUUUAUAUCAAAAUUGUGCUCAGAUGAUUUUUUAAAGGUUGUUUUUUUUUUUUUUUUUACCUUCUCUGUCCGCACUGUAUUUGUGGAGAUAACUGGACUGUAAAUAGAUGAAAAUGUCAGACAAAUCACUGGAGUCUCUUGGACUGGAAGCCAACCACAGCACAGCUGAACAGAGACAGUAUGGCCAACAGUGCUCAUUAUGUUUGUACAGUCAAGUGUGUGCAGUGUACACUGAAACUUUUGUAGGCCAGCAGAGAGGCUAAAUGUUCCAACGGCUGUUUCCAUAUCUUGUGUUAAAACUGCUACCCUUGUGCUAUUUAGUUUUAAAAAACAUUCCCUCCUGAUGUUAAUCUUAAAGGUGCAAUACGUAAGAAUUUGUCCAACUUGAAUUUCCACACCCACUGAACUGGGGGCAGCACAUCACCAGAGUAACUGCCAACUGCUGCUGACUGUAUUCUGUUAAUACAUCCCUGCUAUAGCCACUGUUAGCUUGUUAGCUCAGUUAGCCGUGCAGCUACCAGGGGAGUGUUGGUGUUUACGCUGGCUGGAGUAAGAGGUUUUCAUGCCUCGGGCUAGAUUGUUAGCAUGCUAACUUGAACACAAUACAUGAACGUCUUAGACGUCACAACCAAACUGUUAUUUCCUCACUCUCAGUUGAAAAUGUUAGUUAAUUUUUAAAUGUUUUAAACCAAAAUUCUUACAUAUUGCACAGUUUAAUUCAUCAUGAAGGGGUAGUAUUAACACAUCACCUCUCAGCACAAUGUAAACCUGUCAGCAGAUAUACACAGCCAUGAGCAUAGAGGAAUAUAUAUUUCAUAUCAGUUCCAGAAUAUUUGGGAUAUUCUCCCUAGACCCCCAUCUAAAAUUAACAAGCAUUUAUCCCAUGCUGGCAACUGUUCAAACAAGUGUUUAAGAUGAAUAAUUUAGAGGAACUCACUACAUAAAUAGCUCGGCCCAGUGUCAGUUUUUCUGCUGUCAGUAUUUCCUCUCUGUCUCACUGCUGCCACCUGUCUGCAGCUACUGGAGCAGCAACACUGUCCUGACCUGAGCGUCAAUCAGACUGUUUAAUUUGUUUGAAUAUUUGUAUUUUUUAAAAAAUCCCCUUGUACUGUUGAGGCCUGUUGCGUUGUAAAUUUAUAUUUACACAAGUGUUACUGUGGUCACUGACAGUGUAGUUUUGUUUAGGCUUUUAGAGUGUCUAUGGUUGUGAAUAGUUCUUGACUACACAUGUGCCUCAGUUCUACAUAUUUAGGAUGUGCUCAGCAUACAUGUGCAGUUUUCAAGCAAGAGUGUGAGAGUGCGUGUGCGUGUGUGUGAGGGAGAGAGAGAAAGAAAGGGAAAAUGAUGAAGAAAAGAGAUUGCUUUCCUAAAUGUCCUGCAGCUGAGGGUCUCAAGUUGUCUCUGUCUUCUUUUAUACAACACAACGUGUAAAGUCACAGCUGCUGUGUCAAAGUCACAUUUGUUUAAAAAAAAAAAGUAAGAACAACAAUAAAUAUUUGUAUCGA